CCGGUGACCAAAUCGAGCUCAACUGCAGACGCAGAAAGUGAGCGACGCGUUGUUUAGACGUUAUGGCAACGAUACAAGUUAGCGAGGCUGAGAGAGUGUACAUUUUACACGGUAUAGCGGAUGACUUCCGAGUGGACGGCAGACGCUGUGAGGACUACAGGCACGUGGACGUCGAGACUGACGUAGUUUCAAACACAGACGGAUCUGCUAAAGUCACACUGGGAGAGACCACAGUUUUAGUGGGUAUUAAGGCUGAAAUUGGAAAGCCAAGGCCUGCACAACCAGAUGAAGGCUAUUUGGAGUUCUUUGUUGACUGUUCAGCCAAUGCAACCCCAGAAUUUGAGGGGCGAGGUGGGGAGGAGCUGGGCACGGAACUGAGUAACACUCUUUACAAAGUCUUCAGCAACAAGCACACGGUGGAUCUGAAGAGCUUGUGUAUCAGUGCCGGGGAGAACUGCUGGGUGCUUUACGUGGACGUGCUGCUCCUGCAGUGUGAUGGAAACUUGUAUGACGCCAUCUCGAUAACUAUUAAAGCAGCGCUCUUCAACACCAAAAUCCCCAAAGUCCACAUGUCGGCCGACGACGAAGGCGUGCAGGAAAUCGAGGUGUCGGAUGACCCCUACGAUUUUGUGAGACUGAAUGUGGACAACGUUCCGUGCAUAGUGACCUUGUGCAAGGUGGGCCACAGACAUGUGGUGGAUGUGACCCUGCAGGAGAAGGCCUGUUCCGUGGCCAGCCUCAUCAUCGCCGUCACACAGAAGGGCACAAUAACUUGCAUGAGGAAAGUGGGCGGAGGCAGCUUGGAUCCGGAGAGUAUCUUUGAAAUGACAGAGGCUGGUAAACGAGUGGGGAAGGCUCUUCACACUCCUCUCAUGAAGGUGCUGCAUCAGGAGGAAACUUUGGGAAAGAAGAAACAGAAAGUGGGAUUCUUCGGUUAGACCCCCACCCAAAAUGUGGUGCACGUGUUCAUAAUUUGUUUAAUAAAAUGUAUAAUUUGUACAAUGUUUCUGGCAGUUUGACUUUUACACUUUUCUGUGGCAAUUUUAAGGAAUGUUGAAACAGUAUUACUUAAUCAAAAAUCAGAUUUUACAUCUCUUUUGUGUGUGUGUGUGUGUGUGUGUGUGUGUGUGUGUGUGUGUGUGUGUGUGUGUGUGUGUGUGUGUGUGUGUGUGUGUGUGUGUGUGUGUGUGUGUGUGUGUGUGUGUGUGUGUGUGUGUGUUUUGGGGGGGUAUGUUUGAGGCACAACAUGACCCAGUCUGUUUUCAUUACAAUGUCUAGUUUAGAGCAGAGGUACCCAAUUUAGUGUUGCAUAAUUGUUAGGAUGAUUAGUGUUUUUAAUUUUUUUGUAAUUUUAUUUUAGAUUUAUAAUAUCAAUUUUAUCAAUUUUUAAAUGAGGAUACCUGUAAUUGUACUGUAUGUAGGUAUUUCACACUGUUUUCUGUGUGUGUGUUAUCUCCUGUAAUCUUCCAUGAAGAACGUUACCAUAAGUAAACAAUAAAAGCAUUUUUUUUUUUUAUCUGA